AUGCCUGAGGGGUCACGGCGUGGCAGCCAGAGAUCGCCUAGCAACACAGCCGCCAAGCGUCCCUCCUCAGUCUCGUCUCUGAGUGGGAUUGUGGGUCGGAUGAUGUCGUCCGGCGAGCGAGGAGCCUCGUCCUCCUCCUGCACCUCCGUCAACACCGUCUGCUCAGACGGCGAGCGACCCGCCUCGCUCUCCCUCUCCUCCUCUGCCUCCUCCGUCUCCCUGCAGGACACUUCCCACUCCUCCUCUUCCUCCUCCUCCUCUUCCUCUCUGCCAGGAACGGCUCAGACAUCAGCCUGGACCUCACUCCCCUCGUCACGCCACACGGAGGAGAGAGUUGCGGCAGGAGGAGGCGGGGUCUGUGUUGCCAAGUCGACAGGUGGAGGUCACUCCUCUAAUGGACAUGUCGCCAAUCCAGUGGCGAUGGCUGCGAUUGCCACGCCCAGACAGCUUUCGCGGCUGGAGCGAGUGGUUCUGGAGAUCGUAGAGACCGAGCAAGCCUACGUCAGAGAUCUGAAGAGCAUCGUGGAGGAUUAUCUUGGCUGCAUUAUCGACUGCGGCUCUCUGCCGCUGAAACCGGAGCAGGUCAGCACUCUGUUCUGCAACAUCGAGGACAUCUACGAAUUCAACAGUGAUCUCCUUGAGGAUUUGGAGAGGAGUCCUCAUGCUGCAGCCAUCGCAGAAUGCUUCGUCGAACGGAGUGAAGCCUUUGACAUCUACACACUCUACUGCAUGAACUACCCAAACUCGGUGGCGGUGCUGAGGGACUGCAUGAAAAACAAAAGUCUGGUUCAUUUUUUCCAGGAGAGACAGACGACUCUGAACCAUUCUUUACCUCUGGAGACGUACCUGCUCAAACCCGUGCAGAGGAUCCUCAAAUACCACCUGCUACUACAGGAACUUUCGAAGCACUUUGACAAGAGCGACCCUGGGUAUGAGGUCAUUGAGGACGCCAUCAUCACCAUGACAGCGGUCGCCUGGUACAUCAACGACAUGAAGAGGAAACAGGAGCACGCAGUGCGACUGCAGGAAAUCGAGUCGCUGCUGGUGAACUGGAGCGGGCCGGACCUGAGCGGGUUUGGAGAGCUGGUUCUGGAAGGUUCCUUCAAGGUGCAAAGAGUGAAGAAGGAGAGAGCGUUCUUCCUGUUUGAUACGAUGCUGCUGAUCGCCAAGAAGAGACUGGAGCAGUUUGUCUACAGCACGCACAUAUUCUGCUGUAACCUGCUGCUGGUGGAGACUCUGAAGGAUCCUCUGUGCUUCAAAGUGUCCGAUCAGACUAUUCCCAAACAGCAGCAUGUCGUGCAGACAAAGAACCAGGAGGAGAAGAGGCUGUGGGUUCACUACCUCAAGAGACUGAUCGUAGAAAAUCAUCCUGCGUCUCUGCCACAGAAGGCGAGGCAGGUCCUGGGAGACAACUUCUGCCAAUCUCCUCAGUUCGACCAGGACAACCUGAAGAAGUCGUCCGCGUCGCCGCGACUGGACGAUAUCCACGGCUAUCACAGAGGCAGACGUCAGUCAGGUCAGGAGCCUCCAGAGCUGCUGAUGUACACACCUGAGAAGUCCAGGAAGAGUCUGCCGCUGCUGCUGGAGGGAAACCUGCCGUACAGACGCACCAGGAGGCAGUCAGCUCCAGCUAAAGACAUCGAGGCAGCGUUUCAUCCCAAUGCUUUGAAGCAGGCGGGCAGCGAGGGCGAGCUGUGCCAGGCGGACAGUCUGGGCUCAGCAGGCAGCAGCAGCACGCUCGCGUCCUCCGUCAUCGAGGUGGAGGCCGAGAGGAGCGAGUCGGGCCUGACGUCACAGCUGCGGCCAAACCGAGAGGAAGAGGAAGAGGAUGAGGAGGAGCUGAGCACCCUCAGCCCUCCCCCCACUCUGUCCAUCACAGAGGAGAUCCUGGAGUUCAUCAACCAGAGCAGAGCCAGAGAGGGACUCACUGCCAUCUGUACUGACACAACAGAGCAGAUCCUGGAUCAGCCCAAAGAGAGCCAGCCUCCAUCUAACCAGACCAACUUCACCUGCCCACUGCCCCCAGUCGCCUGCCCCUCCAGUCCUGACCAAGGACCCACGAUGCAGCUGGAGCAGGACAGAGCAGAGACUGAGAAUGACACCUGCCUCCAAAGUCGACCCGAGGAGGAAAGAGAGAACAGCAGGGAGGAGGCCAACACCUCCCCCCCAAACCUCCUUCAUCACCCCCUCCAGAGAUGCCAGCCACCGGCGAGAGGAUCCCACCUCACCAAGCGCGACCGGAAGAUCAUCGAAAAGAUCCGGAGUUACUACGAGGCUGCAGCCGAGGCUGAGGAGGACGAGGCAGCGGAGGAGGAAGACGAACAUGGAGAGGGAGCCGCAUCAAGGAGGAGAAACAGUUUCUCACAGAUCCCAUCCGGCCUGGUGAAGGAGUCGGUGUCACGGUUUGAUGUGAGCGGCCACCAGGGGGAGCCAGAGGGCGGACCAUGCAAGUGUGACGCAACUGAAGCAACCGACAGAGAUCAAGAGAUGGAGUCCUGUCCCUCGACUGGUCCCAUCUCUACCCCAAAUCUGCUCUCAGAGAGCGACGGACAGGCAGAUAAACCAAUCAGCUCGUUGGAUUUUGAUGCAAUUUCAACGACUUCAGCCGUGAUGGAAGACAAGGAGACUCCAAACCAAGCGGGUCUGGAUCUGCAGUCGAACCCAAACAGGCCCGUUGCAGAAGAAGUUGAGAUGAAUGGAAAACUAUGCAAAGGUCCAUCAAAGGAAGGACUGGAGGACAAACAGGAGGACAAAACGAGUCUUGUGGCUACUGGGGAACACGAAGAGGGACCAAAACAGUGCAAACACAGAGAGGACAUGAUCAAAAGCAGCGCUGGAAACCAGUUUUUGAUCAAUGGGCGUGAACCUAACCAAGCAGGCCCGGCAGAACCAACCGGGAGCAACAAGGAAGCACCGACAUCUCUGCCGUCUACGGAAAUAAAGCAAAAAAACGAGACCAAAACUCAGUCCACUUGGACUAAAACCAAACAGUCCAAGACCAGCGGGAACCUCGAGGGUCUUCCCAUCCCGUAG